CAGUUCUGUUGUCUUUUUCUAUUUAACCUAUAAAGAUCCAUUUGCAGUGAAUUUAUUCGGUUUUAUUAAGCAAACACUUAUAUGAAUUAUGAAUACAUAUUUUACGGAAUAUGAAAACUUAGAGGUGCAUGAGCUCAUGUUAAGAGAUCGACCACGACAAGAAGCUUACUAUAAUGCCAUUAUGAAAAAUAAAGAAUUGUUUAAGGAUAAAGUUGUGAUGGAUGUAGGCGCUGGUACGGGAAUACUUUCUGCAUUCUGUGCACAAGCUGGUGCUCGAUUGGUUUAUGCUGUGGAAGCCUCCAAUCUUGCAACGAAAGUAGCAUUAGAUCUUAUUGAAGAAAAUGGUCUUACCAGCAUUGUCAAAGUAAUACACUCUCAGAUCGAGGAAUUCAUGCUGCCCGCUUCAGCUGAAAAAGUGGAUAUUAUUGUUUCAGAAUGGAUGGGAUUUUACCUAUUGCACGAAGGCAUGUUGGACUCUGUGCUCUUUGCCAGGGAUAAUUUCCUAAAGCCAAAUGGACUUCUGUUCCCCGGUGAGUGCACGAUAUUUGUUGCUCCGUGCUCUGUCCCAUCCCUAUAUGAAUAUUGGCACAAUGUUGACGGAGUCAACAUGGAUCGAUUCGCAACCAAAUUGCGUUUACAAAAAUCAACAAGACCAGAAAUUACACAACUAAAGCCAAAAGAUUUACUUCACGAAGGAAUUGUUUUUCAUUGGAUGAAUUUGCUUGAUGUAAGUGCCCAGGAGCUCGACGAGAUACGCUUCAAGGAAGUUGUCGCCACACAAGUUCCGGGUAAGCAUCAGGGUUUCUGCAUAUGGUUCGAAGUGCGAUUUCCUGGUGAAGAAACAGUGACGCUUAGCACAUCGCCUCUUGCCCCCGAAACCCAUUGGAAGCAAUGCGUCGUAGUGCUCCCGGAAGAAAAUUGCGAAAAUUUAGAAGAGAAAUCUCCGGUAGCUUUUCAAAUCCUAAUGAAACGCAGCGGAAAUGACGCGAGAAAAUAUAAUUUGGAAGUAGAGCUGCUCGAUCCGAAUGUGGAAGAACACCCAGUGCCCUGUUCAUGCCAUAUGACCAAAUGCAUACUUACGGAAGCCCACCUUAAGAUGAUGGACACAACAUAGUUUCGUUGCUCAAU